GGCAUCGAUUCUCCACCAAACCCUUCCACGCGAGGAUGCGAAGCUGACCAUUGUCAGUUCUCUUAUCACCAUCCAGUUGUUAACAGCAAAAUUCUUGUGCCAGCUGAGCUCAAAAUUGAUCUUCAAGCAAUCCAGGUGGAAAAGUGGAAAAUUCGGAGGCCAUUCGAACAGCAGUAGGAGCUUCGUUGGUGCGUUAGUGUGCGUGUGGAAAGCUUCGCUCGCCUAGCAGUGUGAGUGUGGAAGCGCAACACUUGGUUUUACUCUCUCUCUCUCUCCCGUUGGCCGAAGAGAGCGUGAGCAUUAAUUUCCUCCCCCGGGGCUGACGGAGCGAGUUUAGACAGACAGCCCCCGCCUGCAUCCCUCGCAGAAUCACUUGAAAAACUAUCCAAAACAAAAACUCCACCACCAUUACCACCACUACCAACACCCCCUUUCCUGAGAAACCGUUCGCAGAAAAGCUACUAAAAUUGCAACAGCAAUAGAAAUAACAGCUAUGCCUGAAGUGUUGCCACUUUCUGGCAUGGCUGAUGCCGAGCCGGAUCUGUCCACGUUCGAAAACAAGUCAGGUCUGGCGGAGGACAUGAAGUUCCUUGCCUCGAUGCCGGAGCUAUGCGAUGUGACGUUUCUGGUCGGUGAAACCCGGGAACCGGUCUGUGCCGUAAAAGCUGUCCUGGCAGCACGGUCCCGUGUCUUCCAGAAGAUGCUGUACCAGGCACCUUCACCCCAAAGGAAAAAGGAACCACCCCCGAGGGAGAACAAACUGCGACUAUUUUUGAAACGAUCCUCGGAACCAUUGUUGAACUUGCAGAAUGCGGCCCAACAGCCACCGGGACAACAGCAUCAGACACUGAUCAUCGAGGAAUUCGAACCGGAUGUGUUUCGUCAGCUGAUCGAAUAUAUCCAUACCGGAUGUGUAACAUUGCAGCCUCGUACCCUUCUGGGUGUGAUGAAUGCUGCCGACUACUAUGGACUGGAGGAACUUCGGAGAGCUUGCGGGGGAUUUGUUCAGUGCUGCAUCAAUGUCGACACGGUUUGCGCACUGCUGGCUUCGGCCGAAAGAUACAUCCAAUACAAGUGCACCAAGAGUUUGGUGCAAAAGGUUUUGGAGUUCGUAGACGAACAUGGGAACGAAGUAUUGAACUUGGGCAGCUUCACACUGCUACCGCAGCACGUGGUACGCUUGAUUCUGGCGCGAGAGGAACUUCGUGCAGAUGAGUUUACCAAGUUUCAAGCUGCAUUGAUGUGGAGUAAGAAGUAUUGCGAUUCUAAUCAGAACACACCUCUUAAGGAGGUCAUUGGAAACUUCUUGGAGUACAUCCAGUUUCAUAAGAUUCCGGCUAAUGUGCUGAUGCGAGAAGUUCACCCGUUGGGAAUCGUGCCAUAUUCGAUCAUUAUGAAUGCGUUGGCGUUCCAGGCAGACCCAACAAGUGUGGACCCCGGAAAGCUCUCCCCCAACUCCAGUCGAGUAAGGAGGGCACGUCAAUCCCACCAUUCAAAAUCUCUCCCAAAGAUACGCAAAGCAAAGUCCCAGAGUUUCCGAACUCGACGCAGUCCAUCGGAGCGCAAAGGUCACGGAUCACCCUCUCCGUGGAAUUUCAACAUUGAACAACGCAAGAGUCCCGUAAACAGUUUGCAACAACAGAUUCAGCAGCACGUCCCUAGAUCACCUGGCAGUGCUUCGGCUCACCUUGAGCAUCGAAGUUCGAUCAGUUCGCAAAAAAGUCCUGCACUAUCUAGACAAGGUACCUUGCGAUCCUCACAUCGCCGGAAGAGCAGUUUAGGUGCGUCUCUGAAUCUCAACCAGGGACGUCGUAGUCCCAAUAGUAUGCUGAACGACCGUAGUCCUCAAGGACGUAAAAGCCCUAAUUUACUCAUUACUGACCAAAUGUACACACAAAGCUUCCAGGUUCAUCUGGACCGCAAGUCUCCAACUGCCAUGUCCUUCUCUGGUCGACGCAGUCCAUCGGGUCUACGAAGUCCGUCCGGAUUACGCAGUCCAUCGGGAUUGUGCAGCCCUUCCGGCUUACGUAGCCCGUCAGGACUUCGAAGUCCAUCAGGUCUCCGCAGUCCUUCCGGACGUCGUAGUCCUCUAGGUUUCAAUCUACAAUCCGAAUAUUCUAACAUGCUGCAGGGACAGUCAGAUAGAUUUAGUCCGAACUCCCUCAGCAGUCACUCAGCUCAGGAUCGUCGAAGCCCCACCACGCACAUCCCAUCCGCGGAGCGUAGCCGAAGCCCAAUCGGGUUUCAGUCCCGAUACGGUGGAAGUUUCUACGGGGAUCGCUCGGCACGUACAAGCCCAACAGCUCUUUCCAGCAUCCCUCCGAUCACCAUCUCGAAUCCAUCGGAAACCUACGAGAUCGUACAAAAGUCGAUGGAAUCGGAGCGUAGUCCGCUGAAACCGGACGCUCCCGCAAUACCAUUGUCUACCUCUUCCCAAAAGCUAGCUGGAGCCACGACUCCCGGAUCGGCCAGUUCUAGCACAACUGUUCCGGAGAAGAAAGAAAAGACGAGCGUCAUGAAGGAAAUCCUGGCGUUCGUGCGGAAACCUUCGAAGAAGGUUACCACCAGGACGAGCAAGUUCGCGGCUGCCUUUUCCCGUGCCGAUUCCAACACUGGAGCUCCUCUGUUGCGUCAGAGUACCUUCUCCAGCAUUCAGAACUCGUCGAGUUGCGCCGGCCGCAACGCCAUCACGAAGCAGAUGUCGGAGAUUGGAUUUGAGCCGAUCAUGACUUCACUGAAACUGAAAGGCGUCAGUUCAAAGAUCUCGCUGAAAUCACUGAGGAAGUUCAGCAGCGACAAGAAGGACAAGAAGUCCAGCGGUGAUGAGAUCAGUGACGUUGAGAGUAGCGACGGAGGUAAGAUAACCAGCGAAGUGGGAAAUAUGGCAGAAGUUCCAUUCGAGCUGGAUAACGUGAAGUUUGAAAAGGUUGGCGAAUCGUAUAUCAAGCAUGAUCAGAUAAAAGAGGAAGAGAGUCCUCGUGGAUCGCAAGAGAGUGAAGAAGCUGAUGAUGAAAGGUUGAAGAUAACAGCGGUUAGCGAGAUUAAAAAAUCUUUGGAAGCUCUGUUCACGAGACAGGAGCCGAUUGAUGAAGCAGCCGAAGAUCAGCGGAAGGAUUCUGAGGCAAUCCAGUGCCCGACGUUUGAGAUCGAGCCACCGUCAAGACGGGCAUCGUUUGAUCCUCCUCGUUCGCCUUAUCUGGAGAAUUUGAGAAGCUUGAGUGAUACCGACCACGAGGGAACACACCACAGCCGGCUGGAUUCCGGAGGUGACAGUUUCGAACUGAUUGAUACGACUGAUCGACGUGGAGAGAGUAGCGUAAGUGAUCGUCACUCAUCCAUGGAUACCAGUUUCGACAUCAGUCGCUAUCAGAGCACUAGCUAUGAAGACCAGAACUCAAGCUUCGAGCUGGUGGAAUUGGAUAACUCUCAGCGUACGUCUGCGAGAGAUGAUAAGAUCUCGCCGUUCGACAUAAGAAAAUCCUCGAUUGAGCUUGUUGACGCGGAGACAUUCCAGCGAUCGUAUCCGGAAGGUCGAAAGUCAUCACUAGAGACCCAUUUUGACCUGGCUGAGGGAUAUCAACCGACAAGUCCACGAAGUGCUUUCACGGUCAUUCCAAAAGCCCGUAAGCAAAUCUCUGAACCAGGUAGAAAUCGUGACCACAAAGUGUGCAUGAAAACGCACUACUCCGCUCCACAUCGUGCCAAAUCGCCUCUCUCCAAUCAGACAUCAUCCAAUUACAGUUCCAGGGACAGUUAUGACUCGAUUUUCGAAUCAAUGCCACACUAUGAGGUGCGGAGUCCGUUCUCGGAUCGGGACUCGAAACAGCACUUCCCACUGCCCCGCAAGUCCUCCAACGAAUCCUCAUCGCGCUUCCUCUGUACCGAUAAACGUUGUGCCUCAAUCUUUGAACCUCGUCCGGCUCGUCUUUCCUCGACGCAUUUGGAUACGUCCAGCGGAAGUGAGUUCGAGCCUCCGUCUCCUCGCCGGGCAGCCAGCGCUUCGCCCAAACACACCUUCACCUUCCGGAUCGUGCUGAAGAAGGUGGACAGUUCACCGGAUGCCAUCUGCCCGUCGGCCGAAAGGCGAAAUACACGGGAAAAGCUGGAGAAGAGCAAGCGACGCGACAGCCGCCGCAAGAAGCUACUGGAAAUUGGAAAGAGUUUCUAAGCAGGCGGUGCGCACGGGUAAACGAGAAAUGUGCAUUCGAUCAAAGCAAGCGCGGUUCUGAAUUUGAAACAGAUCGCGUUGCCAUAUGUGGCAAUGACACUUUAAGAAAUGUUUUCUAGAAUUUAAAGUAUUUAUAUUUCAUAAAUAAUAUAUGUGUGUGUUUCCAGACCAUUAUUUGACUAAUGUGUUCCUUGAAUUCCUGAGUAUUGUUAGUCAAGCGAUAGAAGUAAACUGGAAAAGCAAAUAACUGGAAUAGGAGCUCGUUUUUAUGAAAAAUCAGCUAUUUCCAGCUUGCUCGCAGGAAAGAAUAAAAUAAUCAGUCAUCCGUUUAAACAAAGACUCAUUCGAAUAAUUCAAUCAAAUGUUUAUCAUUAACAAACUUCUGAGAUUUUACCUCAAUCCGAACGUUUUGAGCACAUACACAAAUUUCCAAUAAAAUGAAGAUUUAACGAUUAAUACAGUGACCGAAUAAAUAUUCUUUAAAUUUUGACGUACAGCAACAGAGAUUUUGAAGUUACUCAAGCACUUAUAAUAUACACCCAAGUUCAGAAUACAAAACAUACGAAAUGGAAAAGUGUUCAAAUCAUUCCACUCAAUACCGGUAAGAAAAAUGGUAACAUAAAUUGACUGUUGUAAUAAGACCAGGCACAAACUGCGGCAAACUUGUUAUUUUUUUUUUUCGUAAUCACUGAUUAGCAACAGAAACAAAGCAGGCUGUCCGUUUAGGUAGAAAGAAAUGGUUGAAUUUGUGAGAUUCUAAAUCAAUUGUUGUGUAGCAGAAAUAGUGAACCGAGGAUUCAAUCUUUACUAAAGGACAUUGAAGUUAGGUUGGAGUUGUUUCUUCACAGUAGGCUACAGGAUGGUGCACUACAUGAAUAGUUUCUGUUUGGGAUUUUGUUUCUAUCCUAGGGAGAAACUGCAAGGGAUCAAUUACUGAAAGCAAGCUUUCAAUAGAAUCACUAACAAUCAAAGCAAGCAAAUUUUUCACACAAUAAAACAGAAACAAAAUCAAAUCACUAUCAAUCAAAAACUGUUUACACUCUUAUUUCGAUUCGUUUUGAAUGUGCGCAUGCGCGUCAUUCUGGCGAACAAUAAGCUGGACAAAGGGGCCGUAUCGAGAAAAUAGCUAGCUACAAAUAAGAGCCAUCGCAGAAGAUAAAAUUAACAUGCCAAACUUGCACAUCCGUACCCUUCAAAUCUCUACAUAUUCAGGCUAGGGAGCAUAAUUUUCAUAAUCAACAAUGCACUGCAUAAAAAAGAUGUUUGUUUUCAAUGUCUAUCGAUAAUCUGAGUAAACAUAUUGCCACUCUAUCUGUUGCCAUAACAACGCAUCCCUCUAACCCAAAUGUAAAACACAAUAUCAAACUAGCAAAACUGCAAGGCCUUCUCCGAUCGAAUCCAUUUGUGCCAAAAAAAAGAGUACAUUACCAUAGCUAAAUACCUACUUUGAUAAAUGUUCCGUUAUCACACCAUAAUCCAAGAAAGAAUAUCAAUGUCCUUGAACACAGCAAGCCGUCGGGAGUAUAUAUCAAAUGGGAAUGUUUUGACACAAAUUAUGAAACGAAAUUUAUUGUUGUUAAAUCAAAGUCGAACCCUAUUUACACAGAGCAAAUUAAAAAUCAUACGGGAAGGAGUGCGACCACGCAAAGCAAAAAAAAUCCUCGAAUGUCCAACAUUUGACUAGGAUCAAUCCUUACAAAUCACAACUAACCAUGCAUUAUGCCGCAAAUCACAUCAUAGGUGUUGACCUAACAAAAAAAAA